UGGUCCAGGAGCUGCGGACUACAGCUCCCAGGGCUGCUCUGAAUCCCUACCGCACAAGCUCAGAGCCCCAUGCCCGGAGGCGGUGGUUACGUUGUGUCUAUUGUAUCCCUAGUCGUGUGUGUUUGUACAUUUCUCGGGACGUGAAAUUGAGAGUGAAAAGCAUGGCAGAUGAGCAAGAAAUCAUGUGCAAAUUGGAAAGCAUUAAAGAGAUCAGAUCACUUUGAGGUAUCACCACAUGCCUACUAAAACAGCUCAAGUAAAAUGGCUGACCAGGUAGAGGAACUGGAUCACUCAUGGAUUAUUGGAACAAGACCAUGCAGAUGGAGAAGAUCAAGUCACGUUUGAAAGCUGAGUUUGAGGCCCUUGAAUCAGAGGAGAGGCACCUGAAGGAAUACAAGCAGGAGAUGGACCUGCUGCUACAGGAGAAGAUGGCCCAUGUGGAGGAACUCCGACUGAUCCAUGCUGAUAUCAAUGUGAUGGAAAACACCAUCAAACAAUCUGAGAAUGACUUAAAUAAGUUGCUAGAGUCUACUCGGCGGCUACAUGAUGAGUAUAAGCCACUGAAGGAACAUGUGGAUGCCCUACGUAUGACUCUAGGCCUGCAGAGACUCCCUGACCUAUGUGAAGAGGAGGAGAAGCUCUCCUUGGAUUACUUUGAGAAGCAGAAAGCAGAGUGGCAGACGGAGCCUCAGGAGCCCCCCAUCCCUGAGUCUCUGGCCGCUGCCGCUGCUGCUGCCCAGCAACUCCAAGUGGCUAGAAAGCAGGACACUCGGCAGACAGCCACCUUUAGGCAGCAGCCCCCACCUAUGAAGGCCUGCUUGUCAUGUCAUCAGCAAAUUCAUCGGAAUGCACCUAUAUGCCCUCUGUGCAAAGCCAAGAGUCGGUCCCGGAACCCCAAAAAGCCAAAACGGAAGCAGGAUGAAUGAAGAGAUGGAGAACCCAUGGAGCUCUGCUACUCAUAACCUCUCCCCUUGGCCAGAGUGAUUAAUGUCCUGAUUUGAAACCACCCUACCCCACCUCUACUGAGUUUCCUAUUUAAUGUGAUGGAAGCACAACCCCUCUCACUUUGCUCUUAUUUCUUUCUUCUCUUGGGGUUUCUGACUUAAGAAGAGAUAUGGUUCAGGUGCUAAUGACAGUGUAUCUGAUGAUCCCUUCUCUCCCACUCACAUUUCAACCCCUGCCCUUGUUUGAAGCUGAAGGAAGGGCACAAGGCCCAGAUGUGAUUCUCUGCCUCUUGUGUCUGAUGCCUGGGGCCUAAGGGCUGAGGGCUGGAGGAGGCCCUUGUUUCAGGUGAAGGCUCCAGUGUGCCCCUUCCCUGUACUUUUGCCUUAGGCUCUGAAGGGACAACAGUCUUCUUGCUGGACUUUCCAGUAAACUUGGUGUAUAUAUCUUCCCCAUGUGCCCCUUCAUUUCAUCUCAUCUAAGCAAGGGCCAGAGGUAAGUUGGACAAGCCCACCUUUUCAUCUUCAUUUGGGAGGCCUGGCUGUUAUUAUGGAGUUCACUCCCAUGCCAGUCUCCCAGAUAUGCUAAAGUUCUCAGGUACAGGUUGUGUGUCUAGAGAUCCUGAGAUCCCCAUAACUCUCAUUUUUCAAAUCAGUGGCAGAAGUUCCCCACAGUGAAAUCAGAGAGCCACACCCACUCCGCAAAUCCUAAAUAACUUGCUGCCUAAAUCAUUGGGCUCUACUGUAGGGGCUACCUUAGGAUGAGAGGAGCCCCAGGCUGACAUCUGUGUUGCCAAGUGUCCAAAACCAUUUUUGUUCAAAACCAUUAUUCUGGCACUUACUCAAUGAUAUAUCUUAGGGGUUAGAGGCGUGAGUUGAGAGUCAAGUGAAUGCCAACCAUUUUACAUAUGUAAGAGUGUGGGACUUCCCCUCCAUUCAUCUCUCCCUCUCUUGGGUCCACCCUCUUCUAUAAGGUAGCCUCAGCUCAGGUCAGCUGCUGGCCACCCCCUUUCCUACAGAUUCUGUUGAUGGCCUUCCCUUACAGAAGAAAAGGCACUGGACUCCCCAGGCCCUACAGUUCUCCUCUCUACCAAAAUCAGAUCUCUAGUCAAGUCACUCUUAGACUUAAAGGACAGAGAUGGGGGUUCGCUUUAGAUCCAAUUCUCAGUCCCUGGUUGGGAAAGGGGAUAUUUUCCUUUCUUUUCUUAACUGUAGUUUUAAUUUGCCACAGUGUUUUUUAUUCAUAAUAUAAAAAGUUCCUCUGCUCUUUGAAAGUGAGAGUGUUAUGUCUGUACAAAUUCUUUUAAAUAAACAUUUGUUCAUUGGAGUGAA